AUGCCACAUUGCGUUUGCCUUUCCUCCCUGCUGCUGUUGCUCCUUGGUCCUUCAGUUGGGAUGUCGGAGGUUGGAGAAGAGCUAUUGGCGGAGAAAUUCGGGGAUGCAGGUGAAAGAGCGCUGGAGAAGUUCCGCCUCAACCUGGAGAGGAAGGACUGGAACCUGGAGAAGGAUUACGGCGCGGAAGAAAUCACCAUCAAGUCUGUGUUCGAUCAAGAGACGAAGACGCAUUUCCUCUUGACUGAGGCCUCACUGAAUUUCGACUGCGACUGGGCAUUUCGAGAAUUUAAGGACCACGCGCUGGUAGCCACACCCGAGUGGUACGCCGAUAUCAAGGAAUUCAAGGUCGUCCAGCGACUGACGGACGAAUGCUGGGUGGUGUACCAAGUGACGGAGCCGAAGCUCGGGGGACUCUUCGCCGGUCGGGAUAUUGUGUUUCUCGUUCUAUUCGGGAAGAUGCAGGAUGCCAACUUGACUUACUUCGUGAACAUUACGUGGCCUGGGCUGGAACCGAGAAAGAAACUGGUCAGGGCGGAGAUGCGGGAAGGAGGCGGGAUAUCACUCUCGCCAGACCCAGAACAGAAUGCGACGAGAACCCGGCUGCGCUGGGUCAGCUCGCUGGACUUCAAGAUCCCGCUCGUCCCAUCCUCGAUCAUUCAAAAGCUUUAUGUGGAGGGAUGCCGGGAGUACGUCCAAGGCUUGCGGAAGUACCUGUCGUCCAGGCACCAACUUCACCUCCAGGUCUUGCAAGACUGAAGGUUCAAAAUUCAAUGGGAAACUCGGCGUU